AUGAAGUCAGGAGCACAGUCAAUUAUUGAUCAAGAACUAGAGGUGGGCUCUGAUAGAACGAAAGAAGAGUUUUCACGGCUCCGAGUAGGGACAUCUGUUAAGGAAUUAGAACACUGCCUAUGGGCCUUAGAAUAUGAUCCAUUUUCCGACAAUGGAUUUAGGCUAUAUAACCCGAUACACAAAUGUUAUCUAGCAUCGAUCUUCCGAACAUUCCCCGAUUACGAUAAUGGAGGCAGCAACGAUACAAUCAUUGCGCAACUUAAUUUAGAGCUUGAGGCGGCUUGUACUUUUGAAGCAAAUAACAUCGCGUCGAGAAUGUACGUUAUUGAAGGGAUGACUUCACUGCAGAAUACCAACCGUCAAUGGGGCCUUCUUUUUGACAGCUUUCGUUCUUAUAUUACCCCCAUUAUACGAUUCUAUUUUCGUGGUUAUUCUAUUCUCCAGGCGACCUACAACCUCGCACAAUUCCGAGCAUUAUACUCCAGGCUUCAGGAUACACCACUACUCUUACUUAAGCCUAUAUAA